GCUGGAGUUCUUACAAGAAGUCCACCUGCGGCGCUCUGGGUACUGCUCUGCGUAUGUGUCCAGGAUCCUGUAAUUAACAGGUGCCAAUUUAUGAGAAGAUAGCUGUGGAAGUUGAAGGGACCACUGCUUCAAUCAAAAGUAAUUUUAAAAUGGCCGAUCACUUCUCCUUGAAUGAAGAACAAAAACCAGAACUACCGAAGCAGCAUGAGAGAGAAUCCAAUCAGAGGCACAAACAUGACGAAGAUGAUGAGCUGAUCUUUGUUGGGAUGGAACACGUAAGAGAAGAUUCGGACAUUCUCUUCGUCAAGAUGAUUUCAAAUUCAAAGCCAGUCAUUUCAAACAUUUUGAACAGAGUCACCCCAGGCUCAUAUUCAAAAAGAAAGAGAGGCCACCUCAGUCAAGAUCCCACUCCCGAGUCUCAUCCGGGAUUUCAUGUGACCCCAACAGCCAAAGCAAUGGCUGCCAUGCCAAAUUCUCAGUCUGAAUGGGGAUCAAGAGAUAGUCCCAUUACUACUGAAUCUUCCUACAAACUUGCCUAUAAAAUGAGCUCACCAGAAGUCAUGCCUCCUCGAGAUUCAAAGCAACUUUCCUCUGCUGAUAAAACCAGUAGAAAUCCCAAAAGAUCAAAACUCAGGAAUGAAAUCCCUAGUGUAUAUUCUUCAACCACGACCCCUUCCAGUGUCUCUCCUCUGAUGUACACAGGUACACCAUCGAAAAGCAUCUGCUCGCCAAGCACUGUUCAGAAUGGAACCUCCUUUCCUCGGACUCAUGCUAACGAAAAGGUACCUUUUGUUCUCGGGGAUCCAGACCCAGAAAAUAGCUCUGAAGCUUUGGUAAAAACAGGCAUAUCACAUCCAACAGGUCAAAACAAGACCUUUGAUCCCAAGACAGGAAGUCUGAUCCUGUUGCUUAGUGACUUUUACUAUGGGCAUCAUAAGGGAGAUGGGCAGCCAGCACCGAAGACUCACUCAACCUUUAAAUGCCUCAGCUGCUUGAAAGUUCUGAAAAAUAUUAAGUUUAUGAAUCACAUGAAGCACCAUUUCGAACUUGAGAAGCAGAGAGGUGACAGCUGGGAAAACCACACCACCUGCCAGCACUGCUAUCGGCAGUUUCCCACUCCCUUCCAGCUGCAGUGUCACAUCGACAGGGUGCACACUACCCAGGAGCCCGCUGCUGUCUGUAAAAUCUGUGAGUUGUCAUUUGAAACUGAUCAGGUUCUCUUACAACACAUGAAGGACAGUCAUAAGCCUGGAGAAAUGCCCUAUGUGUGCCAGCUUUGCAAUUAUAGAUCAUCGGCCUUUGGUGACGUGGAAACACAUUUUAGAACAUGCCAUGAAAACACGAAGGAUUUGCUUUGUCUGUUUUGUCUUAAAAUUUUCAAAACUGCAAAUUCAUACAUGAAUCAUUGUUGGAGACACUGGAGCAAGAAGAGGGUUUUUCCGUGCUCCAAGUGCCGGCUACAGUUUUUGAGUUUGAAGGAGGAAAUAGAGCACAAAAGCAAAGAUCAUCAAACAUUUAAAAAACCAGAGCCACUGGAAGGGUUGCCUCCCAGAACGGAGGUUAUUAUUCAAACUUCAGUUCACUCCAGUGGUACAGAAUCUAUUAUGGUGGGCAACAUUGACUUUGGCCUGUCUCCUAUAAAAACCAAAAAGAGGAAAAACUCUAGAUAUUCCAGAGUCCUUUGUAGCCAGGGUUCUGGCUAAAUAUAUGUUUUCCCCACUUCCAUGGAUUCUAAAAGGCAGAUACAAAGCUAGGCCAUCUGCAUGUCAUGACUCAUGCUAGCAUGCCAUGUCCGAGUUUACAGUGACAUCUCUAUCUCCCUACUCGAAAGAGGCAGUUCAGAAAUCUUCAUGCCCUUUCUUUACUCAA